AUGACUAGCGAUAAUUCAUGGGAGCUGGAGGAGGGUAUCCCUCAGUUUGAGGACCCAUUCAUCCAGCAGUAUCUGAAAGGACGCGACUCCCUGAUCGCGGAAGAACAGAAGAGACGUCAUGAUGCAACAUUUCGCAAGACUCUUUCCCCAAUGGCCGCCCGUGCUUGUAGAAUCGUUUCCCAGAUUCGCUCCCGCGAGCACGAUGAAGUGUGGACCACGGGACUCGACGAUGAAACCGCGCAUCAGUCAGAUGAAAUCCUCUAUCCGGGCGUCAUGUUCCACCAUGCCAAAGGCCGCAUGGAAAAGACAAAUCUGUGGAAAAUUGUGGAGAAGAUGCCCAAGGGAUCCCUUCUACAUGCGCAUAUGGAUGCCAUGUUCGAUAUCGACUUUUUGAUCGACCAGGCUUUUUGCACCCCGGGGAUCCACAUGUCCGCACCCAAGCCGCUAUUAACACCGCAUGACUAUGAUACUGCGCCUGUAUUCUUUCAAUUCUCAUCUCAGCCUAGUGAAGCAUGCAAGGAUAAGCCUGCUGUCUGGUUGGAGGCGUACGAGCCCUCGUCAUUGAUUCCGAUUCAAGCAGCCGCGGAUUCUUUCCCUAAACACGGCGAGGCUGGAUUCCGAGAAUGGUUGAAGAGCCGGUGUAUGUUGAUGCCGGAGCAUGCAUACCACCACUACCACGGGGUCGACGCGAUCUGGGCAAUCUUCACCAAGACUUUCCCCGUAAUCAAUUCCAUUCUGAUGUACGAGCCGAUUUUCCGCGCAUGCUUCCGUCGCAUGUUGGGACAGCUCGCCGCAGAUGGGAUUAGAUAUGUGGAAUUCCGCAUCGCGUUUGUCUUUCAAUAUAGGAAAGAAGGACAAGACAAGAUAGAAGAAGACUACCACGAGUGGUGCAGAGUUGUGGAGGAAGAGGUGGAAAAAUUCAAAGCGACUGAAGAAGGAAAGAGUUUCUACGAAGCGCGAAUUAUCUGGACGACCCUACGGAUGCUGCCCAACAAGGACAUCGUUGAGAGCAUGAAGCAGUGCAUCGUAUCCAAGAUGGAUUUCCCUGCCCUGAUUAGUGGCUUUGACAUGGUCGGACAGGAGGACAAGGGCAGAACUCUCGUGGAUCUUGUGCCACUACUAUUCUGGUUCCGAAAAACGUGUUCGGAGGAACAGGUUGACAUUCCUUUCUUCUUUCACGCGGGUGAAUGUUUGGGCGAUGGCGACUCGACCGACCAAAACCUCUUUGAUGCCAUCCUGCUGGGCACCCGACGGAUUGGACAUGGGUUCUCUCUCUACAAACACCCGCUACUCAUUGACCUGGUCAAAGAGAAGAAGAUCAUGGUCGAAUGCUGUCCCGUCUCCAACGAAAUCCUCCGGCUGGCAAGCUCCAUAAAGACCCACCCGCUGCCCGCGCUGCUAGCCAGAGGUGUGCCCGUCUCGCUCUGCAAUGAUGACCCUGCCAUCCUUGGCCAGGGUAAAAAUGGAUUGACGCACGACUUUUGGCAAGUAUUGCAGGGGUUGCAAAAUGUCGAUCUUGUGGGCCUGGCGAUGAUGGUCCAGAACUCUAUCCAGUGGAGCUGUUACGAGGACCAGUCAACAGCCGAAUGGAAACGUGGAGUCGAAGAAGGCAUCCUAGGGCAGGGUCUGAAGGCGACGCGUCUGCGCGAAUGGUGGUCGGACUUUGAGAAGUUCUGCGAGUGGGUGGUCUUGGAGUUUGCGGAGUUUGACGAGGACGAUUGA